AUUUCUUACGGUCGUGGUGGAAAGGGCAUCGGCCUUGGACUUCGGUUUGCGCACACCUUUUCUGAUCGCCUUUCUUGUCAUCUAGGUUUGCGUAUAUUGCGUUGUAAGUGGAGUGAUAACUGGUUCUCGUUAGCGCCUGGAAUUGGCACUGGCGUUUCUCUUCAAUUAACCCCUCAACUUAAAGCAACUGCUCAGCUGGGUUGGUUCAUCAACAGUGGCUUGUCUACAGAGGUAGUCUGGGCAUCACCUUCUGGUAUGCUUGGACUCCGUAUAGGUACCUAUCUCCGUCCAACUGGCAAGUUCGGAAUAACCGUCAAUCUCGAGAAAACGUUACUAGCUGCCUGGCUUGCUGAACCACUAAGUGCUUCAAGUUCAGAUUAUGACAAUCAAGAUAUUGGCGCCCGUCAUCAGAAAACUCGAUCCUCAUCAUUCCAAGAUGAUGAAGAUAGGGUUCAUUGUAAAGAAGAGGAUUCCGGAUGCCCUUUCGAUAGGAGAGGCCGGCUAUCGCUCAUGAUGAGUCUUAAUUCAUCCGACACUUUUUCAUUUGGCGCAGGAUUGACCAGCCCGAUAUCAACUUAUUCUCGGUUAACCGGGUUUAUUCAUCUCAGUCUCACUCAAGGCAUUACUUUUCGCUUGACUCUACAGCGUGGUCAACAAACGUACGCGCUGCCUAUUCGGCUUUCAGCGGAAGCUGACCCAGUUGCUUUUGGCUAUGGCUUUUUGGUUCCCUUGUUGGCAUUCGCGGCGAUUCGAAGUCUUGUCUAUGAACCUUGGCUCCGUAGGGAGCUAGAGCGUGCACAAGUAUUUCGUCGCAAGCGACUGCGCGACGAGCUUUUCCGUCGUCGACAGCAAGCUCUGGCUACUCAAGCCCUGAUGAAGCUAGCAUCUGAAAGACAGGCGCAAACUGAGGCUGCAAUUAAGGGGCUUGUCAUUCGCCGAGCAGUCUUUGGAUGUAUAUCUGCAUCUACCUCAGAUAUCGGCGACAUUCCUCCAGACGCAGUGGCAACCUCUGUUUCAAAAAUCGACCUCAGUGGCCCUAUUUGUGUGGACGUGACUACACCACUCCAAGCCAUGGUCGAGAAUAGCCAACUCCGCCUUCCCCCUGGCCGGUGGUCUGAUAUGCAGGGUUUCUACGACCCUUGCUUGGGAUUGAUUGUAGCUCCUAGCUCUUCAGCAAGUCUGGCAGGUCAGCGAUCAUCUCGGAACGGUGUUUGUCGACAGCUCUAUGUGAAUUAUGAAUUCCAUUCUGCUCUCCAUGAGGUCCUCGUAGAUGAGUCACAGGGUUUAGCAAUUCCAAUGGCC